GUCAACCACCGAUAGGUCUCCAGGCUGCACCUUAUCAUAGCUCUCACUACCAUCUUCGUUCUCAGCAAACAUGAAGUCAACUACGCUAUUGCUACCACUCUACACUGCAGCCUUUGCUGCUACGGUUUCACAUCCCAAGGACCCCCAAGUCGUCUUGCAAGAGCCGCAGCUUACUAUCGUCGAGCCGGAUGAGUAUCUCAUCGAGCUAUCACCUGGCGAGACAAGAUGGGUCACCGAAGACGAGAAGUGGGAGCUGCGUAAGCAAAACAUCAACUUCUUCGACAUUACGCACAACGAAGAGCUCGGUACGCUCAACCGCCAGUUCAAGACUGAGAGCGUAAAGUUCCCCGAAAAGCCCAUUUACAAUGAAACCAUCGCUCCGCUACUCAAGAAGCUGGAAAAGAACAACAUGCGCGAGCAUCUCGAGACCUUUACCUCAUUCCACACCCGAUACUACAAGUCGAAAUACGGUGCAGAGAGCUCGGCAUGGCUUCUUGAGCAGGUCGACAAGACUCUCGCCGAUGCAGGCGCUCUCAACGCCUCCGUGAAGGCGUUUCCCCACCCCUGGGGCCAAUCCUCCAUCAUUGCCACAAUCCCUGGCAAGAGUGAUAAUACGAUUGUCAUUGGUGCCCAUCAAGACAGCAUAAACCUCUUCUUCCCAUCUCUCUUGGCUGCCCCAGGAGCCGACGACGACGGCAGUGGUACCGUUACCAUCCUCGAAGCAUUACGCGUACUGCUCAAGUCGGAGGAGAUCCUCAAGGGCGAGGCAGACAACACAAUUGAGUUUCACUGGUAUUCUGCCGAAGAGGGAGGUCUCUUAGGAUCGCAGGCCAUCUUCCAGUCUUACGAGAAGGAGGCUCGCAAAGUCAAGGCUAUGCUUCAGCAGGACAUGACUGGUUACGUUCAGAAGACGCUCGAUGCAGGCGAGCCAGAGUCUGUUGGUGUCAUUACCGACUUUGUUGAUCCUGGCCUCACCGAGUUCAUCAAGCAGAUCAUCACUGUCUACUGCGGCAUUCCGUAUGUCCUGACCAAGUGUGGUUACGCCUGUUCCGAUCAUGCCAGCGCAUCCAAGGCCGGCUACCCGUCAGCUUUCGUCAUUGAGUCAGACUUCAAGUACAGCGACAACAAGAUUCACACAACCGAGGACAAGAUUGAGUUUCUAAGCUUCGACCACAUGCUUCAGCAUGCGCGGAUGACACUUGCUCUGGCAUACGAACUUGCUUUUGCAAAGUUCGAGUAGCGUCGGAUAGGAUGUAAUGAGAUCUAAGUUGUACAGUCGACUUGAAUGGUUUAUUGUCAUUGCACGAACAGCCAACGAUGUUAUAUUUAUGAAUCAACCUCAUGAACGAUGCUCAAGAAUCAUCGAGCUCUCUAAAUAUAUGUGACAUAUGCAUACCUUCAGCACUGUAUGUUACAGGAUUUGCGGAAAGGAAUUAUGUACUAGCACAAUGCCCUAUUGAUAGCCGCAUGUUCCUUCUAUAGCUUCCGUCUCAGUCAUCUCUACCCUCUAC